UAAUAAACACGUACACCACCUUCCUUCUUUGAAACAAAACUCUCCUUCUCCAUUGGAGCUAGAGUUGGUGGUGGCUAUGGCAGCCUCCAAUAGAAGGGAUUAUUUCGAGUUUCUGGAGUUAGAGAGAGGAAGAGAAUCGUUUGCGAAACCGUCAAAUGCGGAUGCGGUGGAGGAGGAUGAGGUUGAGUUGAUGUGGGCAGCGCUUGACAAGCUACCCUCUCAGAAGCGAGGGAACUAUGCCGUCCUGAGGAGAGGGUCGUCGGAGAAAGGAACCGGCGAAGAUGGAGUUGCGAAUGCGGAGACUGUUGACGUGAGGAAACUGACUCGCUCGAAACGAGAGUUUGUUGUGAAAGAGGCUUUGGCGACUAACGAGCAGGAUAACUACAGGCUACUUUCGGCUAUUAAAGAGCGUUUGGAUAGGGUUGGAUUGGAGGUGCCAAAGGUGGAAGUAAGGUUUGAGAACUUGAACAUCCAGGCCAAUGUACAAAUUGGUUCCAGAGCUUUACCUACCUUGAUCAAUGCAGCUCGUGAUACGAUAGAGAAUAUUCUGACUGGUUUGAGGCUAUUUCGGCCAAGGAGACAUUCUUUAACCAUACUGAACAACGUUAAUGGCGUUGUGAAACCAGGAAGGAUGACAUUGCUCCUAGGACCACCAGGUUCCGGUAAAUCCUCUCUACUUUUAGCUCUUGCCGGGAAGCUUGACAAAAACUUGAAGAAAAGCCGGGAUAUAACAUACAAUGGCCAUAAUCUUAAUGAAUUUUGUGUCCAAAGGACUUCUGCUUACAUUAGCCAAACAGAUAAUCAUAUUGCAGAGCUUACUGUAAGAGAAACCUUGGACUUUGCUGCCAGAUGUCAAGGUGCAAGUGAAGGCUUUGGAGGGUAUAUGGAUGAUCUGGCCCGUUUGGAGAAGGAAAGGAACAUACGUCCGAGUCCAGAGAUUGACGCCUUUAUGAAGGCAUCCUCUGUUGGUGGUACAAAGCACAGCGUUUCAACAGAUUAUGUUUUAAAGGUCCUUGGUCUUGAUGUUUGUUCAGAGACUUUAGUUGGCAAUGAUAUGCUCAGGGGUAUCUCAGGAGGGCAAAGAAAAAGAGUUACCACAGGGGAAAUGAUAGUCGGGCCCAGGAAAACCCUUUUUAUGGAUGAAAUAUCCACAGGGCUUGAUAGUUCGACUACUUAUCAGAUAGUGAAAUGUGUAGGGAACUUUGUUCAUGAAAUGGAUGCCACUGUACUUAUGGCUCUUCUUCAGCCUGCACCUGAGACAUUCGACUUAUUUGAUGAUCUCUUGCUAUUAUCGGAAGGCCAUGUGGUGUAUCAAGGACCUCGAGCAGAUGUUCUAGAGUUCUUUGAAUCGUUAGGUUUUCAACUGCCACCGCGUAAGGGGGUUGCAGAUUUUCUUCAAGAGGUGACCUCUAAAAAGGAUCAGGCUCAGUACUGGGCUGAUCCUUCAAAACCAUAUGUUUUCCUUCCUGUCCCAGAAAUUGCAAAAGCUUUUGCUAACUCCAGAUUCGGAAGGUCGUUACAGUCCACGCUUUCUGUUUCAUAUGAUAAAUCCAAGACUCAUCCUUCAGCUUUGUCGAAAGAGAAGUACGCUGUCUCAAAAUAUGAGCUCUUGAAGGCAUGCUUUUCACGAGAACUACUGCUGAUCAGCCGCCAUCGAUUUCUUUAUACUUUUAGGACAUGUCAGGUUGCAUUUAUUGGAUUCGUUACAUGCACAAUCUUCUUGAGAACAGAAUUACAUCCCGCAGACGAGACAAAUGGAAAUCUAUAUCUCGCUGCCCUGUUCGUUGGCUUGGUACACAUUAUGUUUAAUGGCUUUUCUGAGCUCCCUCUUACGAUAUCCCGACUUCCCGUUUUUUACAAGCAACGGGAUAAUUUCUUUCAUCCUGCAUGGGCUUGGUCUCUAGCCAGUUGGAUUCUGCGUGUACCUUACUCUAUUCUUGAAGCUUUUGUCUGGUCUUGUGUUGUGUACUACACUAUUGGUUUUGCCCCCAGUGCUGGGAGGUUUUUCUGUUUCUUGCUUAUACUUCUAGCAAUACACCAAAUGGCACUGGGGCUUUUUAGGUUGAUUGCUGCCAUUGCGCGGGACAUGGUUCUUGCGAAUACUUUUGGAUCAGCAGCAAUUUUAGUAGUGUUUUUGUUGGGUGGAUUUAUUAUGCCAAAACAUGAGAUUAAGCCAUGGUGGAUUUGGGGUUAUUGGGUGUCACCAUUAUCCUAUGGCCAAAAUGCCAUAUCUGUCAAUGAAUUUACUGCAACAAGGUGGAUGAAGAUGUCUCAUAUUGGGAAUGUUACAGUUGGAUACAAUGUCCUUCGUGACCAUGGUAUACCUACUGGUGAUUAUUGGUAUUGGCUCGGAUUUGGUGUUUUAUUUCUUUAUGGCUUUCUUUUCAACAACCUUGUCACUUUGGCCUUGACCUACCUCAACCCCAUUCAAAAAGCUCAGGCUGUGGUUCCACUUGAUGGCAUUGAAAGAAAUUCGAUUGGAAAUGGUGUGACUAAUGUGGAGGCUAAUACAUCACUGGGUGUCAAAAAGAAGGGAAUGAUUCUUCCAUUUCAACCAUUAACAAUGACAUUCCUAAAUGUCAAUUACUUCGUUGAUAUGCCCAAGGAAAUGAGUUCAAGGGGUAUACCUGAAAAGAAGUUGCAGUUGUUAUCAAAUGUGAGUGGAGUAUUCUCACCAGGUGUUCUGACUGCAUUGGUUGGGUCAAGCGGAGCAGGAAAGACAACUUUAAUGGACGUUCUCGCGGGGAGGAAAACUGGCGGAUACAUAGAAGGUGAUAUCUUGAUAUCAGGUUUCCCAAAAGAGCAACGCACAUUUGCUAGAAUCUCUGGAUAUGUGGAGCAAAAUGAUAUACAUUCUCCUCAGCUGACCGUUGGGGAGUCUCUCUGGUUUUCUUCUAGUCUUCGCCUUCCAAAAGAAGUCAGCAAAGAACAAAAACAUGAGUUUGUAGAAGAAGUGAUGAAAUUAGUGGAGCUGGAUUCCCUGCGAGAUGCUCUGGUUGGCUUGCCUGGUAGUUCUGGCUUAUCAACAGAGCAGAGAAAACGUUUAACAAUUGCAGUAGAGCUCGUCGCGAAUCCUUCCAUUAUUUUCAUGGAUGAGCCGACGUCGGGAUUAGAUGCACGGGCAGCAGCCAUAGUGAUGCGAACUGUGCGUAAUACGGUGGAUACUGGGAGGACAGUGGUUUGCACCAUACAUCAACUAAGCAUUGACAUUUUUGAAGCAUUUGAUGAGCUACUACUUAUGAAACGUGGGGGGAGUGUUAUAUAUGGAGGGAAGCUUGGUGUGCACUCAAAGAUUAUGACAGACUAUUUUCAGGGAAUUAAUGGAAUUUCUCCAAUUCCGAAUGGUUACAAUCCAGCAACAUGGAUGCUCGAGGUAACUACACCUACUGUUGAGGAGAGAAUUGGUAUAGAUUUUUCGAAAUUAUACACGAAUUCAGAACAAUACAGGGAACUGGAAGCUACAAUUAAGCAAAUGAGUGCUCCAACUGCUGGCUCAGAACCACUAAAGUUUUCCACAACCUACUCGCAAACUUUUUUGGGUCAAUUUCUUAUUUGCCUUCGGAAACAGAAUCUUGUUUAUUGGAGAACUCCCUCAUACAAUCUCAUGAGAUUAACUUUCACUGCCAUAAGUGCCUUAAUAUUUGGCACUGUAUUUUGGAAUAUUGGUUCAAAAAGGGACUCAACUCAAGGUUUGUUCAUAGUAAUGGCUGCUCUCUUUUCAGCAUGCUUGUUUCUUGGGAUGAAUAAUGCUUCCUCAGUACAGCCAAUUGUUUCAAUUGAGAGGACAGUAUUUUACAGGGAAAAAGCGGCUGGAAUGUAUUCUCCCCUCGUUUAUGGGGCUGCACAGGGUCUUGUGGAGAUUCCAUAUAUAGCCCUACAAACAAUUGUGUUUGGUGUCAUCACCUAUUUUAUGGUCCAUUUUGAAACGACAGCAAGGAAAUUUUUCCUCUAUCUUGUGUUCUUAUUCCUCACCUUCACCUACUUUACUUUUUACGGAAUGAUGGCGGUUGGUCUCACACCUAAUCAACACUUGGCAGCUGUCAUUUCUUCCGCUUUUUACUCUAUCUGGAAUCUCCUCUCUGGUUUUUUUGUACCAAAACCAAACAUUCCAAAAUGGUGGGCAUGGUGUUAUUAUAUUAGUCCUAUUGCAUGGACUCUGCGGGGGAUUGUCUCCUCUCAACUUGGUGAUGUGGAAAGCAUGAUUGAAGAACCUGAGUUUACAGGCACUGUGAAAGCGUAUUUGGAAGCUAACCUUGGCUAUGGUCCUGGAAUGAUUGGAGUUUCAGUCGUUGUGCUCGUUGGCUUCUGUCUUCUAUUUUUUAGCAUCUUUGUUCUCUCUGUGAAACUUCUCAACUUCCAAAAAAGAUGAAUGGUCGAUAUACAGAAUAGCAAGAUAAUCUUAGACUUGAGGAUUCAAGUGAUUAACGAGCACUGCAUUGUAAGAUUUCUUUGAGGCAAAGAAGAUGUAAGGCAAGAGCUUGAACUGGAAUCAGAAAUUCAGAAUUAGGGGUUAUAAAUUGAGAAUUUUAGGAUUUAACUUAGCCGGCUUAAUGGACCGGGCUUCGACGGACGGUCACAUGGGCUGCUUGUUCAUUUUUAUUGGGCUGUAUUUUUAUUGAACAUAUGAUGCAAUUGGUUCAUGUAAUUUUACAUUAAACUUACACCAACCCCCUCUAAUAAAGUUUAAUGAUUGGAG